CUGAGCGCGCCUCUUCCAAUGGCUGCUCACCUGAGGGCUCGCUCGGCCCAAUCAGCUCGCAGCUCGUCCCUCUUGCCUUGUAUCCUUCAGUGAAAGAAUGCAAGUCCUCUUGGGAAAGUUUACCUGUAGGCGCCUUUUGGUUUUUGUUGCUUCCCGGCGCGGUGCCCUAAACGGCAGAGGGAGGGAGAGAGGGCAGGCAGGCGAGCCUAGCCAGUCUCCUUUUCACAUGCGAGGGGCGGGCAGAAGGGGGCUUUACCUGUCCCACUCCUACCUCCGCGGCUGGCUGAGGGAGAAGUAAGAGGGGGGGAAGAAAAGCAGAAUUACCAGUAGCUCUGGUUCUGCCGUCCCGGGCGCUCGCUUGCUCUCGCUCGCUCGCUCGCUCACGCGCACACACGCACACACACACCUUUACCUGCACAGACUUGAAAGUCCAGUUUCACCAGAGAGACUGAGGCAUCUGGAAAAGGGGAGAGAGUUCAUUGGAUCAAACAUGUCACAAGAGACGGACAAUAAAAACCGGCUUGUGACUGUGGUGCCAAGUGAUGCUCCAUUCAAUACCAGGAGGGCCUACACGAGCGAAGAUGAAGCCUGGAAAUCUUAUUUGGAAAAUCCCUUAACAGCAGCUACAAAGGCUAUGAUGAGCAUCAAUGGGGAUGAGGACAGUGCAGCUGCUCUUGGAUUACUGUACGAUUAUUACAAGGUUCCUAGAGAUAAAAGGGUGUUGUCUCUUAACAAAGUGAGUGAUAAUCAAGAAGACCAAGAUAAAAGAAGUUGCCUUUCCACCAGUGAAGCUCCGAGCAACUUGGCCAGCGGUGGGGAAAACAGAGUCCAGGUUUUGAAAACAGUGCCGGUGAACCUUUCUUUGAAUCAGGAGCAGCUGGAGGCUUCGAAAAGGGAGCAGUUCAAUUCCAGCGUAUCCGGAAGCCCCACUUCCAUUUCCGUGACGGGGGUGAUGGUGGUGAAAGCAGAAGAGUACACCCCUGUUUAUGUGGCUCCGUCGGCACAUUACGCAAGGGGAGAAAACGAGGAGCACCGGAGUGUUAUAUUUGAGCAUGCGCAUUAUGAGGUGCCCAGCAUCAUGCCUCAUUCAACCUACCUGAAAGACGACCAGCGGAGUACUCCCGAUAGCACUUACAGCGAAACUUUCAAAGAUGGAGGGGCAGAGAAAUACCGCAGUGGAUCUGCGGGGCCUGAGGAAUACAUUUACGAACAAACAGCCAACAGCACAUUCCGUUAUACUUUGGAAGCUACCAAAUCCCUGCGUCAGAAGCAAGGAGAAGGACCGAUGACGUACUUAAACAAAGGGCAGUUCUAUGCCAUAACUCUGAGUGAGAAUGGAGACAACAAAUGCUUCAGACACCCCAUCAGCAAAGUCAGGGUACGGCUGGUCUUUAUGAGAUUGGUAAUAGUGAUAUACAAAACACAAAAAUCUCAAUUUUACAAAAUGGUCUGUGAUCUGCUCUUUUUUGCAGCUGACUACAAGGAGAGCUUUAACACAAUCGGGAAUAUAGAAGAAAUUGCUUAUAAUGCCAUAUCUUUUACUUACGUCAAUGAAGAAGCAAAGAUUUUCAUCACGGUAAACUGCCUAAGCACAGACUUCUCUUCUCAGAAAGGAGUCAAGGGGCUUCCAUUGAUGAUCCAGAUUGACACGUACAGCUACAAUAAUCGCAGCAAUAAACCCAUUCACCGUGCCUUCUGCCAGAUCAAGGUUUUCUGUGACAAGGGAGCCGAGAGAAAAAUCCGGGACGAAGAAAGGAAGCAAAAUAGGAAGAAAGCAAAAGGCCAGCUGUCGCAACCUCCAUGUAGUAAUGCUGAAGGGAAACUCAACACCGUCCCACUCCAGAAGAAGAGCGACAUCACCUACUUCAAAACCAUGGCUGACCUGGACUCGCAGCCGGUUCUCUUCAUACCAGACGUUCAUUUUGGGAACCUGCAAAGGACUGGGCAGGCGUACUAUAACACAGAUGACGAGCGAGAAGGUAGCAUCUUGGCUAAAAGGAUAUUCCGGCCAGUAGAAGAAGACUUCAGCUCACCACCGCUGAAGCAAAUAAAAGAAGAAGGAACGAAAAGAGUGCUGCUUUACGUGAGGAAAGAGGCCGACGAAGUGUUUGAUGCCUUGAUGUUAAAAUCGCCCACUGUAAAGGGACUAAUGGAAGCAAUUUCUGAGAAAUACGGCCUUCCAGCUGAAAAGAUUACAAAGCUGUACAAGAAGAGCAAAAAAGGGAUUUUGGUAAAUAUGGAUGAUAACAUCAUUGAACAUUAUUCCAACGAAGACACGUUCAUCCUCAACAUGGAGAGCCUGGGGGAAGGCUACAAGGUCACGUUGACGGAAAUCUAGCCUAGAUCAGAACGCAGCCUAGUGAAGUCAUAGCAUUUCACCCUCAUCUUAAGGAAGGGGACCAUUCUUCUAAAGCCCUGAUGGCUCACGGAUGCCAAGAAGAGAGGCUGUUACAAAACUCCACUGGAAGCGAGGAAAGAAGCCCAGUUGUCCUUGACCGCUAACAUACCUCUACAAAGUUCCUUAUUUAUUGCUCCUCACGCUGCAAUCUGUACAUAGUCAGCAGACCGCGGACAUCGCCUCUCGCCCACCGCAAGGGAGAAACAGCGACUUUUUUAAAAGAAGAGUUAAUGUGGAAGAAAAUGAAAUUGUGGAAUUGCAUUAGAUUGCCUGGGACUUAAUAGUUAAAAUUGAACCUUUCAAGAAUAAAUGGCUUGAAGAUUUGAUCUUCUAAUCCAUGGCAAGGAAAGUGGCCGAUCAUGUUCACUGGUACAAAACCACCAGCAAACAAGUGUGUAGGUUAGCCAUAUCCUCCCCACCACAGGGCAAUUGAGGACUGUAAGUAAGGGACUCGGAUGGCGUGUCAUUUGUAAGUAAAGCACCAUCCAUUUUUAACCUUUGUAUAUAAUGUUUAUAAUAUGUAAUAAUAUAUUUUUCCUACCUGUGUGGAUGUGUUUACUGCCACUCUUGUUUCUUAUCCUGGGAUCAGAAGCUGAUAGGCAACUCUCGCUGAGGAGAGAGAUUCUGCCAUUAGCUGUUCAGUGACGUUUCCAUACCUUUUCUUGAGUGGCUUCUCCAGCAUCCGUAUUAGAAAGUUAACAUUCUCCUUCCAGUGGCACAUCCGACAUUUGCACCACAAGCUUGUGGGUCUCGUUCACUCUCCUGUGCUUAUUUCUGUGCAAGGAUACCCGCAUUGUCUUUCAGUUUCCGAAUUAUUUGUCUUCCGGUUUCUGAAAUAUUUAUGCUUUUUUUGCACCCUUGGAUUUCAUCCUUUGGUCUUCUGCAUCCUUGUUGGAUGAGACCCCCCCAUUUUCUGCAUGCAGCAAGAACUGAGGCAGCACCAAUACCACCAACACUCUCCUCCCUCCAUGCCUGCUUCCGACUCUGACUUUGGGCUUUCAGAAGAUAUGUCUCCAUUCAGCUCACCUCUUGCUUGGGAGCCUCUGGCAAACUGGAGCCAAGCCUAAACUGAGCCAGAAGGUCUUUUUUAUUAUUGUUAUUCAUAGCAAGUCAGAAAAACAUGAAACCGUAGAGCUGGAGGUCAUUGAGUCCAGCCUUUUGCUCCUUGCAGGAUCUGCAUGCAGCUUGCAAGGUGCAACUACAACAUCUGCAACAGAUGGAGGUCUUUGCUUCUAUCCUCCAGCAAAGGAGAACCCACCACUUCCUGAGGCAGCCUGUUCUGCAGCUUGUCCUAUUAGGAAGCUUUUUUCGAACGUUCAGCUGAAAUCCAGUUCCCUGCAAAUCCCACCCAUUGCUCCUAAUCCUGCCGUCCGGGGCAGCAACAGAGUUCAACUCUGCUCCCUCUUCUUCAUCACAGGUAUUUGAAGACAGCCAUCGUCUCCCCCCCUUAAUAGGUGGGUGGAUUUGGUUCAGCAAACACCGUUUGAGACCAGCUGAGCAGGUGCUUGCUGGUUUACCUUUUCUUUUUUAAAUGAAAUCAAUGACUAGCCAAGAUCCCCAUUCGCACAGUGCACAAAUUUCAGGCGCAGAUCUGGGGAUGCAAUCUGCAUGCAUGUGCACUAUUUGAAUGGUGCCAAGAAAGGGAAUGUGGACGCCUCUGGUCAUGGUGGGGGUGGGUGACAUGUGUCUUUCUAUCCCUCCCAUCCUCAGAAGAGCUGAUCUAGGGAACUGCAUCCCUGCAAUCCCAGGAAACCAGACAGGCAGGACAGUUUUGGUGCAGUUGGAAAAAGGAUGCAGCCUAUGCUCCCAUGCCCUGGUGACUCACCCCAGCUUCCCUGCCCCUUGUUCAGCUCCUUUAAUCUUUGCUGCCUCCGUUCCCUGCCCUUUUGACACUCCCCCAACCCACCUCACCCCUUGUUGCCAUUCCCUUGCCCAUUCAACUUCCCAGGAGUUGUGGCAGGAAUGGAAUAAAUGUCUUGGAUGAAUGGAUCCUCUGCUCAUUUCGUUGAACGUCCUUGUGCCCCCUGACGGGUCUCACUAGAAUGAUAAAUGUAAAAAUGUACAUACGCCUCCCUUGACUUUGGUCUGUACAUAUUACGUCCUGACACUAUAGACGUUGUUUUUGUAUGAUUAUAUUACUCAGCCUGUCUUCAUCGGUAUGUAGUAGACAUUUUUUUCAUUGCACUUCCACCAGUGGGGCUGCUGGGAAUGGCCAGAGGUUGGUAGCAAAACAUGGUUUGCUUGCAUAAGGUCAAAGAGUUGAUUGCCACUAUUUCCAGCAGUGCUUCCGACUGAAAUCCUGGAGACUUGCUGCCGGCCAGUGUUGGUCAGCCUUCUUCAACCAGGACUACAACUCUCAUCAUCCCUAAGGCAGCUAGGAAUGAUAGCACUUGCAAUCCAACAACACCUGGGAGCCUAAGAUUGAGGAACUGUAGAUACUGAGCAGCCGGACUCUGUUUAAGGCAGGCACCCCCAAACUUUGGCCCUCCAGAUGUUUUGGACUACAAUUCCCAUCUUCCCUGACCACUGGUCCUGUUAGCUAGGGAUCAUGGGAGUUGUAGGCCAAAACAUCUGGAGGGCCACAGUUUGGGGAUGCCUGGUUUAAGGCUUCUUUAAGGCAAUCCUGAGAUUAUGAAAUUGGAAUCUGAGAUGAAACCCUGUAAUUCGUUUAUUAACUUUGGGAAGCAAAUGUAGAAGUUCAAGCACUCCUUUGAUUGGGGCAGUCAGAGCUUCAAAGAGUGAGGUUCCUUGCUCAAGCAAAAUGGUGCUAUGGAGAUGAAUGUUUCUUAAAAGGUUUCUGGUAUGUAAAUUAACUUGACCUAAAUUUCAGGAGUGUUUGCUUCUGCAGAUGCUCUUUUAGCAGCUUAACCCUUUUCUAUUUCUUCAAAGUUUCAAAUGUUACAAGAAAAAUGCCAAACGCUGCAUUAUGAGAUACAUGCAUCUUUUAUUUUUUUAAAAAAGCUGUUUUGUUCAAUGGUUUUAAGGUCAAUUUAUUGUGGUCACAAUCUUGCAUUUCUGAGUUCCACCAAUAUUGAUUCUUAAAGGGGGAGAGAAGCCAGAACAGUUGUCCUAAAUCUGAACUGUAUGCAAAAUCCAUGAAAGAAUAAACACCCUCUUUAUUUGUGUAUACUUGAAUAAGCAUGUAUGUCCCUUGUAGUCAUGUAAAGCUAUGCUGACUGAUAUAUCUGAAGUGAAUAACAUGCUGAUUUAGCAUUGUUUCGGAAUCAAUUGAGCUUACAGAGCCAUUUUUACAGCAAACUGACAAUUCAGUGCCAAACUGCCUAGCAGGGUGAAGAUAAAGAAUUGCAUCCUUCUUCUUCUUUUUUAUGCCCAUCAUGGAGUGAUAGGUAAAAUUGCACCUGUUGAACAUCUCUUGGUGGCUGGCCAAGGCACAGCUCCCAAUGUUCUACGUAACCAUGGUGUUGCCAUGCAACCCAGAAAGAAAUAAUAACUUACCCCUUCUGUUCUGUGGUUUAGCACUUAAGCAUAAUGAUCACCCCAAAGCAAUCUAAAAGUGGGCUUUCAGACUUUGUUUUGGGGAGCCAAUGGGGUCCUUUAGAAGCUUGGGUAUCUUCAAGCAGUCCCCAAGGGCCAAUUUGGUAGCUGUCCUUCCAUUACUGACCUUCUCAAACAACGGGUAGCCUUAGAGGAAGAUCAGGUUUGUGCAAGGGUUCACUCUCACCGGCCUCAGAACCAUUUACUGGUGUUGAGGGGUAAAUCUUCACGAGUACCUUGGCAUGCCAGACAUUUUAGUAAGUGGAUUUCUAAAGGUGGAAAGUUUGAAGAAAGCCACAUACAAAAAUCACCCUUACUGCUGUCUUCUGAAAUAAAGCUCUAAACUGUGAAGACUGUGCCUAUUUUUGAGCCUGGCUGUGGCUGGUGCCCCCUUUAUCUAUCCAGAGAAGGUGCAGAGGAAUAUUGUUCUAUUUAAUGAGUUUAGCCCUCUGUGACUUUCUAGUCAAUAAUGGCUAGAAACUUACAUGUUUGUUUGUUUUUAGAGAGAGGAAAGAAAACUCCUAGCCCUAUAUAAUCUGCAUUUGUAUAAGAAUUGCAGUGGUAACACACUGACUAUCACAGGCUGCAAUUAUAUGUAGAUUUUCGGCUUGUCCAUCCACUGAUACAUUACUAAUAUUGACAUGGCUAUAACAAUUGCUAGGGUAAUAAGGCCUGCUUCAGUCCUCUUCCUAUACACACACAUUUUAAAUAAAUCACAUAGAGUCUACCUAGCCUACCAAUUCUUUAAAAAACAUAUUUUACUUUUGAUGGGCAUAAAAGAAGAGGGAGCUUUUACCAUCUUUCAUUGUUGCUAACAAAUGUCUGUUCCUAAACAUGAAUGACUUAGAUAUGUACACAGAAACAUGUGAUUUAUGAAUUAAGCCAUUUUCCCCAACACUUGGUCCUGUUGUUCUGAUCUCUGUAGACCCCUUGGAAAGUUGCAAAAUUAACAUAGCUGCUUGAAUUUUUAUUAUUAUUAGAGAGGAAACUGAAAAGCUGUUUUAAUGGAUUCAAUCAGCAGCAGCAUGCAGAACUGGAAAUGAAUAGACUUGUUUAAAGUUUUUAAAAGGGUGCAGCCAUGUAAAAUAUUUGUUUUUCUUGUAACCCUUCCCCUUCCCUGCCUCCCCUCAAUGUUUCUCCCAGUUUAGGGUGACAUGAUGCAAACAGGAGGAUUUGUUUGUGCCAAAAAAAAUCUGUGCAUAGUUCCCAUAGCUGGAAAGCUCAAAAGCUCCAUGUAUAAACACUGUGCGCUAUUUUACUCUAAGAAAACUAGUUUGUGUAACUUAAUAGUUUUUUUGUAAAUGGGAGAGGGAAAUCUAUAAACAUACAGGUUUAUUUUAUUUUUUGUACAUUUUUAAGAGAGAAAUAAAUAAAUAUUCGUAAGAUAUAACCACCUUUUCUUUUCUUACUGGUGUUUGAUAGAUUAUUCGGCUCCACAUUGAACCAUUUUGAAUAUUGACUUGCACUUUUGUGAUGGGGAACUUACUGAAUUUGCCACAUGGUCCUUUAUUAAGUACGGUAAAUGAAAGCUAAUCCUCCAGUGCAGGGUUGGGGGGCAUGUUGGGCCAGCCUUGGACAUGUUUGAGCCUGAAACACAAAAGUUAGGACCACCUGUUUGUGUGUGUGGGAGAGAGAGAGAGAGAGAGCGUGCGCGCACACGCACACACACACACACACAUGAGUAUAGGUACUGGAGUGGAAGAUUGGAGGCGAGAGAAAAUGUCCAUUCAUGACUUGGUAUCAAGCAAGUGCUUCACAUUAGUUAAUGCUUGCACCACUAGUUAGAGAGGUCGCUGUAUCUUCUCCUUGUCUUCUCACUCUUCUUGUACUUGAAGAAGAGGCAGCAAAAGCAAGGAGGAGGCAUGUAAGUGAGUUCUCACAUUCAACUCCCAUUUCUCCUUUCCCUCUUACGGAGCAAAUCAGCAAUUGCAUAUUGGCACAGUACUGAAAUUUCUACAGAUGACCUGGAUUUGAACCUGCUCAUGUGGGUGAUAUUGAACCAGCCCUCCUCUCUCUCUUCCUAACCUACGUCACAGGGUUGUUGAAAGGAUUUUAUUCUAUUUUUAAGAGGUAGAGGUAAGAACCAUGUCAGCUGCCCUGAGUUCUCUGGAGGAAGAGUGGGGUAAAAAUGUUAAUGAAUUCAUAAAUCAAUAAAUGUUGGUGCUGGCCUUUAAAGCCCUAAACGGUCUCAGUCCGUGAAGGAUUGUUUCCACCCCCAUCAUUCAGCCCAGACACUGAGGUCCAGCACCGAGGGCCUUCUGGCGGUUCCCUCACUGCAAGAUGUGAGGUUACAGGGAACUAGACAGAGGGCCUUCUCAGUAGUGGCGCCCGCCCUGUGGAAUGCCCUCCCAUCAGAUGUCAAGGAGAUGAAUAACUUUGACUUUUUGAUGACAUAUGAAGGCAGCCCUGUAUAGGAAAGCUUUUAAUGUUUGAUGUUUUAUUAUGCUUUUAUACUAUUUGUUGGAAGCCGCCCAGAGUGGGGCAACCCAGUCAGAUGGAUGGCGUGCAAAUAAUAAUAAUAAUAAUAAUAAUAAUAAUAAUAAUAAUAAUAAUAAUAAAUCAUCCAAGAAGAGGGGGCUUCACUGGCAUUGGCAGGGUCUGAAUCAUGGAGUUAUGCAGCUGUUUCCUCACAAUGGCUACUAUAUUCUUUGCCUCUCCCCCCCCCCCCCCCAAGAGAAAUGCAGUGGAACUUUCCAGAAAGCCUGGCUGCAGCAGAAUAUUUAUUAGAGGCAGUAACAUUUAGGGGCUUUAUGGAGGACUUUAUAUUUGCAAACCUCAGGUCUCAGCCAUACACUGGUUUUCAUAAAGAUUUGUUUGAGGUUAUGUAUUCAUAUAAGAAAACAGAAUAAUUAUCGUCGGGUGCAAUCAGUAAUUCCAGUAUGAAAAAGCACCGUGUCACAAAACAAGUUUACAAUACAAAAUUAUUCAAAAUCUAACAUUUAAAAACAAUAUUUGUUCAAUAAUACAGUAAAAAAAGUCUUAACUUUUUUCAAAACAAUACUGUUCAUAUGUUUGGCACUGUAAAAUACAUUGUCACAAAUGCAUCGCCCUCCUCUUCUUUUUUUAAACCAACACACUUUGCUGCUUUUAAAAAUAUUUAUGGGCUAUACUUGGCUACAAUUUUCACAUUUUAAAACAACAACAACAGACAUUGUGCCUGACCGUAGCAUGCAGUCCACAAGGGAUUACACCCAAGUGCAGAAACAGGUGAAUUAAACAAUAGGCCCACUCCAAAAAGUCUGGAUCCAAACUUCCUAUAGGUUGAGCAUGGGGGCACUUUGAGGUCCCCACUUCACAGUCCCCCCCCACCUUCGCCGCUCCAUAAUAUGCAUUCCUUUGAUGCAAGUCCCACUGAAUAAGUGUGCAUAGGAUUGUAGCCUUAAAGGUGCUUCAUUUUGAUUUGGAUCCUGCCCAUUGUAAAUACUGCCUCUUGUCUGAUAAGGAUGACAGAUUAAAAAAUACUUAAUUUAGGAACCUGGGUUGAUUUAAAAAAAACACCGUGUAUGGCAACUUUGCAUGUCAAAAGUUAACAUGGUGAUAACCGAGCAAACAUCUCAGAAAUGUUACACUGGGCAAAACACCCUGGACAACCCUUUUUAAAUGGGUUGGGUUCAUACUUAAGUCACACUUAGAGUAGACUCACGUUUUUCAGGGGGUCUACUCUUAGCAUGAUUGGUUGGGACAGCACAGUAAGUCUGCAUUCAAUUCUUAAAGAUCUUACGGUUUUCCCAUGGGCAUCUGAUUGGCCAGUGUCUGAUCAGGAUACUGGACUACAAGGGCCGGUGGCCUGAUCCAACAGACUCUUACGUUCUUAUGGGGGAUGCCGUUGAAUGAAGCUAGGCUUGGCGCCAUUACAUGCCCCCCUCAGGCAGCUGCUGAGAUCCCCAGCAAUUCAGCAGACUUCACAAGCCUUGGUCCCAGCAGGACUGCCUCUUCCUUUAGCCCUUCUUCCCGCCCUUGUUCUACGAACCCGCCUCAUACCGUAGUCCACAGUGCCCUAGAGCAGCCCUUCCCCAGAUAUUGUGGAACUACAGUGCCGAUCAUUCAUGACUAUUGGCCAUGCUGGCUGGGGCUGAUGGGAGCUGAGGUCCAACAACAAGGUCAGAAAAGGCUGUCCCAAAGCAUUGUGGGAAAUUGACAAGGGUGGCUGGUUCCCAGUCUCAGCUACUGCCACAAGCGAAACCUAGAGCCAAAGCCCCAUGGACAGGGACCUCCUCUAAUUUUGAGCAAAGCAGUGGUGUCGCCCUACCAUGCAAGAUAGGAGGAGUCCAUGAAAAUUACCAUGUUUGGGGAACAAAAUGUUCUCCUGGCAGCAACCCCUGAGCAGCAAAGAGCAGGUGUGGUUUAAAACACACACACAC